AUGAAAAUUAACAUUGUUAUUCUGAGUUUGAUAGCCUUGGUCUUGAUUUCUUCAACCUUAUUAGUGGAAGCUAGAAGUAGGAAUAAUGAAGAAGAGAAGAGGAGAAGUCGCGGUGGGGUAGGAAGAAGUAGAAGAAGCAGUGGUGGGAGAAGAUCAAGAGGAAGGUCUUCGUCAUCUUCGGGUUGUGAUCCUUUAUUUUCAUACCUCUUUGGAAGUUGUGGUCAGUGGCCUUUCCCUCGUAACGCACAAAACAACCCAUUUACCCAACCAAUUUCCCCUUCACCCUCACCUCGCAUCCCAGCUCCGCCAUACCGUCCUCCGAUUGUACCAUCUCCUCCACCAGCGGUUAUACGGCCACCAGUUAUCCCGUCUCCACCACCUCUCAUUCCUUCACCUCCAAUAGUAAACCCAUCACCACCUCCGCUCGUUACGCCGUCACCACCACCGGUCGUUGCACCAUCACCGCCACCUGUAGUGGCUUCUCCGCCACCACCGGUCUUCUCACCUCCACCGUUAGUUCCAUCUCCGCCACCACCUUCUCCUCCACCACCAAUUCCACCACCACCUUUAGUUCCUUCCCCACCUCCGCCAGAACCUCCGCCAUUCUUUGUCUUCCCACCACCACUAGUUGCUUCGCCACCUCCACCGGCAGAACCUGUCUUCCCUUGGUGGUCCCCUCCUGAUCCAGACGACACUCCCAAUUUUCCGCUAUUUUCUCCUCCGCCGUUGGUACCCGAUUUUCCCCUCCCAACACCUCAACCACCAGAUUUUCCACCAGAAACUCCACUGGUGCCCAUAUUUUCUCCACCAGAACAGGAUUUCCCCCCACCUACACCACUUCUUCCCAUAUUUUCUCCACCUCCAAUUUUCACUCUUCCACCGCCGGAACAAAAUUUACCUCCAGCUACACCGCUUGUCCCUAUUUUUCCGCCAGCAGAUAACCAGCCAGUGAUUCCCGAUCAACCACCAAACAGUUUUAUGCCAUCUCCACUGUUUCCUGAUCAACCACCGACCAAUUUUCUGCCUUCACCGAUUUUUCCUGAUCAACCACCAAACAACUUUCUUCCGUCACCGAUAUUCCCUGAUCAACCACCAGUCAAUUUCCUGCCGUCACCUGUAAUUCCUGAUCAACCACCGACCAAUUUCCUGCCGUCACCUGUAAUUCCUGAUCAACCGCCAGAAACAUUUCUCCCGUCACCGUUAGUUCCCGAUCAAGCGCCGCCAGUUGCAGUAAUUCCGCCAUUUGAGCUUCCGCCUCAGCCGGACUCGCCACCAUUCGCCUAA